CUUUAAAUACAAAAUCGCUCGGCUCAGAACAUUAGACUGGUUUAAGAGCUCGAAUUAAGCGUACUGACAGGGAAUAAAGUCGGACGUCAGCCAAAAUCACAUAAAGAUCCUCCAGCAAGUGUGAACAACCAACAGAGUGCUAAAAUUAAAUUCAUCUCAAUUAUAUAAAAUCAAUUUUUGCGUUAAAACUCGUACAUUUCCAAUGGCUUUCAAGUACAAUACACAAAUGAUCCUGCUGAGCUGCGGUUUGGCUGUGCUCUUCGGCUUCUCGGAAGCCCUACCUCGAUACAGUCGAACCAAGGACCUGGGAACAUCCGCCAGCUCCCCCAGCUUCGCAUAUGCACCCAGGCCACAGGAACCGAUGACCCUCACUGGAAACUACAAUCUCAUCAUGCCCGACUACUACGAUCACCAUCCCGCGGAGUCCAUGCAACUGCAGAACUUUGCCAACUUCUACGAUGCCCAAAUGAGUCCCGACUCCGAUCUCGGAAUGGAGGAGUCGCAGUUCUUGAGCCACACCCCGGUGAGGGCACCUCAGCCCUUGACGGCCGAGGAGAAACGUGCUCGCCAGCAGAUUCCCCACGUGGACAUCAACCGGGAGAAGAAGGCCCUGCUCAAGCUGAAGAAGGGCAGCACCAAGCCCAGAGGAGCCGAUCACCAGGAGUGGGACCAGUUCGACUACGAUCUGUACAGCCUGAAUCCCGGCGAUAGCAAGAAGUACAACUACGAUGCCUAGAUGGAUUCGAUUCCCUUCUAAAUCGACUGUAUAUGUUUAUGUUUUUGUUUUCCGUUGGCUUAAGCGCACAAAUAAAUUAUUUAUUUAUUGUUAACUGCAAUCAC